UGAAAUCUCACUUUGCAGAUAACAGGAACAUGGCUGACGUUACGAUACGGAAGCAAUUGAGACAAACUGUGGUAUAAAAAUAUGUCUCAUCCAGAAGGAAGGCAUCAUUUUCUUCUCGGUCACCUGAAGCAUAACAGGCAAUCAUGAGAGCUUUCGCAGUCUUCUUGGUAAUCGCCGUUGUCGGCGUUUCAGCUCUGCCGGAGUACUACGCAGAGUUCCAGCAAUUGUGGGAGCAGUACCAGCAGCACCAACUACAGCAACAGCAGCAGCAUAAACCCCAGCAACCGCAGUGGCAACAGCAGCCUCACCCUCAACCGCAGUGGCAACAGCAGCAAUGGCAACAACAACAACCACCACAGCAGAACCCUCCUCAGGAGUACAGCUCGGAUGGUUACAAAAUCGUUCCUGGAGUCGUAGACUCGCGCUGCCCGAGGACUGACGACGUCGACAAUCCCAUCCAUCUGCCCGUUCGCGGAAACUGCGGAAAGUUCAUGAAGUGCUACGGUGGCCGUGCCUACGAGCAGGAAUGUCCGUCCGGGUUGGAAUUCGGAAUCAGCGUGAACCGUUGCGAUUAUCCCGCUUUGGCCAAGUGCAGCUCCAAUGGAUGGUAAACAAUUGUGUAAUGAAACUGUGAUCCUGUCUUGUAACGCUUUAGAACUUGAUUAAACAUCAUUUAAAAAUACGUGUGGAACGCAUAUUUGUCAACUUCAAUAAAGAGACUAUGAGUAAUCUAUAUUAGCAA